AUGGGUCCACCCGAAAUCACAUCCAAGGUUUUGAAGCCAGAAACGGCCCAAAGUGUGGAUACUAUCAAGGUCUACGAUGAAGACGAAUUGCGUCUGGCCCAGAUGGGGCAUAAACAAGAGUUGAAGCGACACUUUUCUGUGUGGAGUUUGAUUGGUCUAGCAGCCAACCGUACUAUCUCAUGGACAGGUCUUGGGUUAGGUCUGAUCACGGCUCUGAACUCUGGUGGCCCUGGCGCCCGUAAGCCCCCAACAGAUUGCCCUCGCAAAAGAUUUUCAGCGCUGAUGAUCUUAGUGAUUUACGGCUUUAUUCUUGUUUUCAUUCUGCAGUCAUUCGUUGGCGCCUCUCUGGCAGAGUUCGUCUCCGCAUAUCCGACCGAAGGAGGAAUGUACCACUGGAUUGCGGCCAUCGCCCCAAAAAGAUAUAACAGUCUUUUGAGCUUUGCGACGGGAUGGUGCACAGUCUUUGGAUGGAUUUUUACUACCGCGUCAACCAAUCUUAUCUAUGCCUCGACAGUCAUGGCUUUGAUUGCGCUGGACCAUGAUGAUUUGGUCGUGAAGCCUUGGAUGACCUUUGUCGCAUAUCAAAUCCUAAACGUAUUUACCUCAGGGAUCGUCAUGUUUGGGAAUCGCUUUAUUCCAGCAAUCAACAAGUUCUCUCUGCUUUAUUUGCAGUUGGCAUGGCUGAUUACUAUGGUCACCGUAGCUGCUGCAGCACCGGCGCACAACGAUAGCAAAUUUGUUUUUGCAACUUGGAUGAACAAGACCGGAUGGGAUAAUAAUGUGAUGUGCUUUAUAACAGGGUUGGUGAACCCAUUAUACGCGCUGGGUGGGCUAGAUGGAAUUUCGCAUAUCACUGAGGAAAUGCCCAAUCCUGGAAGAAACGCCCCUCUUGGCCUUGCAAUCACGCUCUCGAUUGCUUUCGUCACCGGAGUAUCCUAUUUGCUCAGCUUGAUGUUCUCGGUUCAGAACUAUGACACACUGGCAGAUACACGGACAGGCUUGCCACUAGCUGAGAUCUUCCACCAAGCAACUUCAACAAAAGGAGGAGCAUUCGGCCUGGUCUUCAUGGUCUGGGUUGCACUUGGACCGUGUGUGAUCGGUUCCCAACUUAGCACUGGACGUGUAUUUUGGGCCUUCUCUCGCGACAGUGGUCUCCCGCUUUCCCAUAUCUGGGCUCGUGUUAAUCCUAGGCUUGGAUCUCCUUUCAACGCUCAACUAUGUGUAGGAGUAAUUAUUGCUUUGUUGGGCUGUAUCUAUCUGGGUUCCAGUACUGCAUUCAAUUCAAUGAUGAGUUCGGCAGUCACGAUCAACAAUCUCGCCUAUGUCGUCCCGAUCCUCACAAAUGUAUUGCUUCGCCGGCGAACGAUGCACCGUGGACCAUUCUCGAUGGGCCAAUUUACUGGAAUGACGGUGAACAUAAUUUCUGUCCUGUGGUUGGUGUUUGCCAUUGUUUUCUUCUCUUUCCCUUUUGAAAUGCCUGCAACUGUCUCGAAUAUGAAUUAUACCUGUGUCGUUGUUGGAGGGUUCCUGAUUAUAGAGCUUGUAUGGUGGAUCAUUGCGGGCAAGAAAUACUCUCAGACUGUACAGCGGGCUAGAGAGGAGCAUGACACAGCAAUGCCGCUUGAGAUCUGA